CCAAAGGAAUCACAUCAAUGUCGAACGUGGGAAUGAAGAUGCGGAAGUUCGUGAAUGUGGUCACGGAGCAUUACAUGGACGGUUUGUGUUCACUGUGCCGUAUCAAGGCCAGCGACCUCUUCUACGGAUCCACGCAAGAAGCAGAGCAGGAAGCCAAGAAUCGCAUGGCGACGGAUCGGCGCACGAAGAAGAUGACCCUGUCUCCUCUACCGAAGCCACGAAUCCAGUUCAACACUGCCCGUCCGGCAGACGGCAGUAUGGACUUCCUGCCUUUCUACGGCGGCAACGACGACGACGGCAACAAGAUCCUCUACGUCGACGCCGCCGGGCGGGCCGUCCUCUACGACGCCGGCUCCGCCGCCACCGUGGAGACAUUACCCUGCCUCCACAAGCGCAAGGCGAGCGGCCCCGUGGCCCUAUCCGUCGCGCGCCCCGGCGGCGCCCACGACCCCGCGCGGCCCGACGCGCUCUACGUCCUGGACAGGAUCCGCGGCAGCUUCGAGGCCCUCGUCUACGGCGACCCCACCCCGCCGUCCCCGUACCAGUACCGUCUGGCGCGUUGCGCCGACAUGUUCGUGUGGCACUGGCUCCGGCUCCCCCCGCCGCCGUACGCCAAUGGCCCUGGCACCGUCCGGUCUUACGCGCUGCUGGACGGCGACACCAUCUGCGUCUCCUCCGGCGCCGAGGACAGGUUCGGCACCUACUUCUUCAACACGGCCACAGGGCAGUGGACCAAGGCCGGCAGCUGGAUCCUGCCGUUCUACGGGAGAGCCUACGCCGUCCCCGAGCUCGACAACCUCUGCUUCGGCAUCCAAGACAUCAGGCCCCACCACCUGUGCGCGCUCGAACUCUCCUCCUCCAUGGACGGCGACGGUGGGGGUGGGGCUCCUCCUCCGAGGCUGCGGCACCACUGGCCAGACAUGGACAAGCCCAGGGGCUGGCGGCUGCAGAAUGUCAGCAUGGCGUACAUGGGGGCUGGCAGGUUUUGCAUCGCCAAAACCUUUGACGUUGCUACCGUGCUCAACGGCGUGGAGGUGGUUCGCGAAAAUGGAGGAACAACCUCCAAAUCCAAACUCCGGAUGAUCAGGCACAAGUCUGUUAGUUACGGCUUGCUCAAAGAUGCCAUCCGGUGUGUGAUCUAAGCAAAUACUCCUAUACUACGCCAAACGAGAGAAAACCCCACUUUCUUGUAUAAGCAUUUUCCCUUAAUAACAGUUUAUAUAUGGACAUAUGAUAAAUGGAAUGAUUAAAAGAGAUGACAAUGGUGCCCCUA